AUGAUGAUCACACCUGAUGUGUAUAAGCCAGCUCUGCAACCAGUCCAUAGCUGGUACAGAAAGAGUGAUACCUGUAUAUGCAGCCUGGAGAAUGUUUUGGGUUCCUCUGGGAUGAAGAGCACUUGUGAAUUGUGGAAGAUACAACCAAAUGAUUUUAAGGUGAAUUACAUCCCAGGUAUAUGUCCAAGAGUGACGUACCUGCUCUACGAAAUCAGGUGGGGCAGAAGUACCAAGUUCUGGAGGCACUGGUGUCGAAACACCCCAACCCAGCACGCCGAAAUCGCCUGCCUGGAACAUGACUUCAAGAAGUUAAAGUUCAGGCCAUCAGUGCGCUGCUCCAUCACCUGGUUCCUGUCCUGGAGCCCCUGUGGGAAAUGCUGCCGGUGUAUAGUGGAGUUUGUGAGGGCACACCCCAGUGUGACUCUGAAGAUAAAAGCAGCGUGGCUCUUUAAGCAUAUGGAUGAACGCAACCGACAAGGCCUCAGGAACUUGAUGGAGAAUGGAGUAGCCCUAUACAUCAUGAAUCUGCCAGAUUACAGAUACUGCUGGAGAACAUUUGUUGCCCAUCAAAAUGGAGAGGAAGAUGACUAUUGCCCCUUGGUGCCCUCUCUGUGGAUCAUUUUCUAUUGUCUAGAACUCCAGCGUGUCCUUUGGCAAGACAUGCACACCCCUGAGUAUCAGCAGCACACCUUCAAUCUCAUCCUGUGA